AUGGUCACCGAGCGACAAGAUCAAUUGCUACGUCUACUGCCUCCAGCAGAGCAAGAGCGGGUCAAGCGAUACAGGUUCCGGAUCGAUGCGUGUAGAGCUCUCAUUGGUCAACUUUUGGCACGUACUGCAGUAAUCGCCCUCCUUGCUUCUCAAGAUAGCUUCCCAGAUCUGUCACUUCAUUCUUGCUGGUACGACAUCGAUAUCAGCAGAGAUGCGCAUGAAAAACCCUUCUUAUUCAACGUGUCGCACCAUGGAGACUGGGUUGUAAUAGCCGCGGGCUUUUCAAAGCAGUUGGGAGUUGACGUAUCGUCAGUAGACAACCCAUCGGACGAACCCGUAGACGAGUAUCUGGCGGAUUUCGACGAAGUGUUUACCGAGGCAGAGUGGGCGUAUAUUCACGGCAGCCGCAGUCACCAUGACGGAGAUGGAAGACUCGACAGCUCUGCAGGACUGAGAGAAACGCUGCCAAAAUGCUCUGAGACGUGUCGUACUAGCAGUUGCAGCGGUCGCGCUGACAUAUGUGCACCUGAUAUUAACCCUAUUCUGCAAGGGGAGCGACUGACUCAAGAGCAGCAGAAGCUGCAUCGAUUCGCACAGCUUUGGGCAUUGAAGGAGAGCUACGUGAAAGCUAUUGGGGUCGGGUUAGCGCUCGAUUUGCGGCGGGUCGAGUUCCGAUUUGAGCAAGCGCAAUCACCGUUGAUGGAACUUCAGGAGACGGUACACCUACCGAGCUCUAUACGUGUUGCGUUGGAUACAGUUGUCCAAGCACAAAUUGACUUUGACCUGCGUUAUUUGGACUCGCGGCACCCGGUCGCCUGUUGUGUCAUGAGCGCAUGCUCGAAUACGCCUUGGUCAACAUCGUUCGAAGCGACCACCUCCUACCCGCCAGCCACUUCCUCGACAUCCCAGCCUCCUGCAGAUGACGUACCGAAGCAGGAGAAAGAAACUAGAGGAACAGAUCAAGUUGCUGGGACGCGGUUUCAGGCGCCAUUUCGAUGCAUAACCUGGAACGAGCUCUACACGCGAAUCGUGGCAGCCGGUGGCCGGAUAUACGCCAGCUGA